UAUGAAGACCUUGUUUGCUUUAGAGAUAACAGACCUGGUGCCCCCCACCACUACCUGGUGGUGCCGGUGAAGCACAUGGGAAACUGCAAGACACUGAAGGCAGAGCACAUAACGCUAGUGAAGAGAAUGAUAGAAGUUGGAAAAGCUGUCCUCCAGAAAAAUAAUUUUAGUGACUUGAAUGAUAUAAGACUGGGUUUUCACUGGCCUCCCUUCUGCUCAAUAUCCCACUUGCAUCUUCAUGUUCUGGCCCCAGCCAGUCAGCUCGGUUUCUUAUCCAGACUCAUCUACAGAAUCAAUUCCUACUGGUUCAUCACG